GGCCUCUUGCCUGUAUAUCUGGUAUAUCCCUUAUCUGGUUAUGCUUCCUGCUAAAGUGGAUUGCCUCGCACUUAGCUGGGUCAAAGGCAACCUUGUUAUCAGUGCCCCAGUUGAGGAUACCUAUAUCAUCUGCAUAACCAAACCGAAGCUUUUGAUUAUCAGCUAGGAUAUCGGCUAUGUAUAGUAAAAAGAGUAUCGGGGAUAGUGAGGAGCCUUGCGGCAGCCCACAGGAUAGGGGGGAGUCCUCUGUAGUAGUAUCCUCUAGCCUAACCCGAGCAGUUCGGCUGGAGGUGAAGGUAAAGAUCAGCCUAAUCAGGCUACCAGGCCAGCCCUGCUGCCGUAGCCUAAUAAUAAGUUGGUUGAAGAUGAUUGAGGUGGCAUUUGAAAAUGCCAAGAGGACCUCUGAGCAGUUCAAGGAGCUCAACGAGGAGGAGGAGGAGGAGUCCGAGAACCUCCAGGUUCCUGAUCAGGAUGCCGAGAUGGAGAAGGCAGAUCAGACCGUGAAGAAACUUGUUUCAAAGUUCCGCAAGGUCACCCUUCUUCGACGAGAGAAGGUCACCACUUCUGAACGACAGGAGGUCGGCGCUCUAGCUAAAGCCCAGUAAGCCAUCUAUCGCAAGUCCGAGUUCGAGGGGUUAGUCGGAUCUAUUUGCACCAUCGUGGACAACCUCGUCAAGCUUUUCCCAGCACUUCACCCACAGCAAACUGACCUAUGCCUUGUUGAGGCGAAAGAAGUCGGGCCCGAA